AUGGCUUACAGAGAAAAUAUCAUGAUGGCCGGCAUUGGCACGAGGCCGAAAGCUGCGAUCGCAUGCUGUGUGUUGCUGUUGCUCCUGGCUAUCACCGCCUCCAAGUCAUGGCAGCAAGCGGCGCCGAUAGCGGCAACCAGCGUCAUCCACGAGGAGACAGGACUGGAUGCGAACCGAUGGGUCGGCAAUUUUCCGUUCGAGGGGUCAAGUCCGGUUGCCUCCUUCGAGCGACGUGCAGCGGAGAAGGUCAAGCGCCUCAAGGAAGGGCUCUACCGCCUGAAGCGCGGGCUGCAAGCAUCCUCCCUGCAAGCUCGGGGAGGUUUGAAGAACUCCAUCUCAACGAACGAGGGCAGGAAAGACUCUUUCCUCUGCGCCAUCCCGGGGAUCGCUGAUGCCUUCGGGUCCAUGUUUGACAUGUGCGCCCAAGGAAGGAGGGCGGGGAUGCCUGCCGGAGUUUACAGCAGGCCUCUUAUGGCUGUCCCUCCGCCAAGCCCCGAAGAGAUCAAGGAGCAAGAGGAGGAGGAGGAGGAGAGGCGCCUGCGGAUGGGGGCGGAAGCGGUCGACGAAGCUGAGGACAAGAUGGGCGACUACUACAACAGAAGUCUGGCAGAUCGCCUCUUCACCCAGGUCCAGCGGAUCUUCGAUGACGUGAUGUCUGUCCUUCUCGUUCCAAAUGUCACAUGGAGGCCAUAUUUGAAGAGGGAAGAAGAGGAGCAGCGAUUCUACAGCCCCUUUGCUGGGUCCCCGAUUCUUCCUCCUCCUCAUGCGGCAGGUGGGGCUGUGGUGGAGUGUUUGAACCCUCCGACCUGCAGCUCUGCCCCUCAGCUGGGAGAGAGGAAGGCAGCUGUAAAGAACCACGGGGACCUGUUCCGAAGCUGGUUUUCCGGCGUCCCCGUCUCGGCAGGCUCGCACUCUCCUCUCGGAGGAAGAGUCGCCUGCUCCGACCCCACCUGUGGCUCAGCUCCGACGCUGCACGAGCCCCGGAUCUACUAUGAGCCGUUGAAGCGAAGGUAG